AUGACAGACAACGCCGGAUUGUCGGAUAACGUCAGCACAAUGGCUGAGGUUUCGGGAUUAAGAAGCUCUUCGAAAUCUCGGCCCCUAGGAGAAGUCAAAGACAAUAUAAUUUGCUUUGACGAAGACAACCAGAUACAACGGCCCACGAACUCGUCCCGAGAGGGACGUCGCCGCCGCGCCGAAAGGUAUAGCCUUCGGCGGAUGAAGGAGAUGCGCGAAAGCCUUCGUCAGGCAGCCUUGAUCAACAUAGUGGCGGCAGUUAACGAGGGCGGUGAUGAAAUAAUUACACCAAAGAAAUCUCAGUCUGACCCUUUCACGAACACUAUGGCAGUUCUGUCGAACCUUGUAUUGAAUAAGGACAGGACUAUAUCUAUUCCUAAGCAACAAGUGUUCAAGGAGGCUCCACAAAAAUUCUCCAUAAAGAAACCGCUGUUUUAUAAAAAUUCUGCUGAGGAACCUUUUACUGAAGAUGAGGAUGAAAUAGAAGAGAGAAAGAGAAAUAUCUCUUUAUCCCGAACGCGUACCUCAGUUGGAGAAACCCCGCCACAAACGGCCAAGGCGGAAAACAUCUCUAUAUCCGUGCCACUUCAUCAGAUCAACGAGGAAAGUAAGGAGGAGAGUACGGACAAAGAGUGGAUAGAUAGUCCGGCGAAGGUCAGAAUUGCAAGGUCGUGGACACCGCGGCGACGUUUUGUUUCGCUCAACAAACGUAACGAUACGCGGAUUACGACUAGUAUUGCUAAGUGUGAUGCGGUCGAUAUUUACGAAUCUACCGAUACAUUUAACGGGAACUACGUCACAAAUAGUGUACCUCCUCAACACCGACCUAAUUCGUCCAAUGAACUUAAUAUAUACCGUGCCAAAUCACUUCCGUCAAUAUUUCCUGUUAAAAGAAGGAAGUCAUGUGCGCUGCAGGAUUCCCCUCAGAUACUGACAAACAAUGAAAAGGUGAAGGUCGCUGCUCCGUUUAAGCCGCCGGUUCAAAAAACAGUAAGAGAGAACAGCAUAGCAGCAGACAAUCCUUUAUUAUCAAAGAAUAUACAAAAACUUUCACUAGGAUCUACUAUUAAUGGGGGCAGUAAAAAGUCGGACAGUAAACCAAGCAGUGGGGGAUUCACAUUUCCUGAGGAGCAGAUUGAAAAUCUACAAAGUCUUCAACAGGUAGACCCUACCAUGUCGCUUGAAGGUCGUUCUCUUACUAUGACCUCACAAAUGAUGGGCGGAAGUACUUUAAAAAACAGGAGGAUAAGUACGAAUGCGCCCACUUUUAGGAUACCGGAACAUAUACUUACAAAUGAGCGAGAUAUGAUGCGGGAAAUAGACACUCAAUUCGAGGAGCUUCAAAAGCGCUUGUCUAGGAAAAUUCUAAAUUGGAGCGACAGAAAAAGUGGACCAACAUCUUCAGCGAACCAACAGGAUAUUGUGGUGUCGGGUCACAACGUCCUAAAUAAGGACACAGGUAUAAAAUCUAGUCUGAGUAGUGCCCAAAGUCGCGGAACCAAUAAUUCCAUGAGAGGACUUAAACGGGUAAAGUUUGUAGACGAAGAGACGAGCGGAUAUGACGACGGACGGAGCGCUGUCAGUAGCUCAGUGUUCUGGGACGAUAAUGAGAGGAGUGCCAUAAGGGCACAAGGCGUAGCUAAUAAAAUGCACGAGCCAGUCCGACCAGCAAAACCUGUGUCUACCAACGAACUUAUACGUCUCAAAAAACGUCUAAUGCCGGGACAUUAUAAUAUGGCAAAUAAACACGCUAAGUACAAUAUUCUAGACAACAAUAGUAUUCGUAUUUCGGGCAUGCGCUCUCGUCAAAGCACAUCGACUGCUACUAGUUUCGUCUCAUCUCAGUCCGACCGGCGGUCACUAGUGUCCGAAACGGAUCUUGCUAGUUUUGAAGGAUUCGCGGAGUUCAGUAGUCGAGAACCGGAUGCUACAAACCGAAACAGUUCCAAGGUUCCAAAAAGUUUUGGCAUGUCGUCUUUUUAUCCUGAAUCUCAGAGUUUGUAUGUAGGUAGAGGAGAGUACGGUAUGGACGAGACAACGGACACGGAGGAUGAAGGUGACGAUGACGAUAGUGACACAGAUGAUAUACGAAUGGGGGAAGAGAGUUUUCGUGUUUUAAAAGCGAUUGACUUAGGAACUCUAUCUGGAUACCAAAAUAGACGUUUUAAGAAACCAAGUCUCAAGGAAACUGCAGAAACUCAGCAUUAUGUAAAAAUUAAAAUGAAAUGA